AUGUCGCUGACAGACUCCGCGGCCAUUGAUGUGGCUCGUAGCGCCUCGCUCGCCUCCCGCCAACUAGCCGUUCUUUCUAACGAAGCCCGAAAUGAAGCCCUCACAGCCCUUCACCAAGCCUUGGAUCAAAACAGAUCUACUAUUCUAGCAGCAAACGCUAGAGAUGUUGAGGCUGCCACCCGGGCUGCCGAAAGUGGCGACCUAAACCACAGUGUGUUGAAACGUUUGGAUCUCUCUCGGCCUGGGAAGUAUGAGGAUAUGCUUGAAGGCAUUUUGAGUGUACGGAAUUUAGAGGAUCCCGUUGGAAAAAUCACACUACGGACUUUGUUGGAUGAGGGAUUGACCCUGGAAAGAGUCAGCUGCCCUAUUGGAGUCUUACUGAUCAUCUUCGAGGCUCGUCCUGAGGUGAUUGCCAACAUUGCUGCCUUAGCCAUUAAGUCAGGCAAUGCUGCAAUCUUGAAAGGUGGCAAGGAAUCAAUGGAGUCAUUCGUAGCCAUUGCAAAUGUGGUCUCUGAUGCCAUCGCCAGCUCAUCAGUACCGGUCUCCUCAAUUCAACUCGUGAAGACACGAGACGCGGUUUCCUCUCUCCUCGAACAAGAUUCGCUUAUUGAUCUCGUGAUUCCCCGAGGAUCCAACGAACUGGUUCGAUUCGUGAAAGACAACACCAAAAUUCCUGUUCUUGGACACGCCGAUGGUCUUUGCUCCGCCUACAUUCAUUCGGACGCCAAGCUUGGAACAGCAGUAAAGGUGAUUGUGGAUGCGAAGACGGAUUACCCAGCGGCCUGCAAUGCCCUGGAGACCCUCUUAGUCCACGAAGAUGUCUUGGACACCAUUUUCCCCGCUGUCGCAAAGGCUCUUAUCGCUAAGGGGGGAAAGAGUCUUUCUCCGGAUCAAACCGGCCAGGUCCAGCCAGCGACGGAGGCAGACUAUAACACCGAAUUCUUGGACUUGGUGUUAGCGGUCAAGGUUGUGCCAGCUGCAAACUCUGCAGUUGAGAAAGCUAUAGCACACAUCAAUGCGCACUCAUCCAAGCACACUGAAAUUGUUCUGACAGAAUCACGCGAGGUAGCGAACAUGUUUAUGAGUGGCAUUGAUAGUGCUGGUGUUUACUGGAACGCCUCUUCUCGAUUUGCCGACGGAAUGCGCUACGGAUUUGGAACAGAAGUGGGCAUUAGUACUAACAAGAUCCACUCGCGGGGACCCGUCGGUCUAGAGGGUUUGACCAUCUACAAAUAUCUGAUUCGGGGUAAUGGGCAUGUGGCUGGAGAUUACCAUGACGGACCUGGAGGAAGGAAAUACAUCCACUCCGCAAUGCCGUUAUAG